AUGGGAUCUCGAGUAGAGAUUUUAAACGAUGACGGCUAUCGUUCGGACGGAAGGCGACAGUUCGAGCUUCGCGAUAUCACCAUGGACCUUUCUCAGCGAGGAACCGCGGACGGCUCAGCUAUGAUCACCCACGGCUUGACUCAGGUCCUCGUGUCAGUCUUUGGACCAAGAGAAGCGAAGAUGCGCUCGCAGACAUUUCAUGAUCGCGCCGUACUCAACGUGGAGGUCAACAUCGCACCAUUCAGCACGGGAGAGCGAAGGAAGAGGAAUCGCGGGGAUAAGCGAAUCCUAGAAUUCGCGUCCGCCAUUAAGUCGACGUUCGAGCCAGUAGUCCAAACCAACCUCUACCCCCGGUCGCAGAUUGAUAUCUACGUGCACGUGCUGCAGCAGGAUGGGGGCUUAUUGCAGGCAGGCAUAAAUGCCACUACACUUGCUCUCGUAAGCGCGGGCAUCCCUCUGCUCGAUCUAGUUUGCGCUGUGACUGGCGGCGUACACUCGACGUCACCCAUGCUCGAUCUCACGACGCUGGAGGAGAACGACAUCCCGCACCUCACCGUCGCCAUCAUGCCGAAGACAGGAAAAAUCACUCUAGUCACAAUGGAAACUCGGCUGCAUGCCGACCGGUUCGCGGAUAUCUUCAAGCUGGCAUGCGAGGCGGGGCAAGUCAUUCACAAAGAGAUGAAGCGGACCGUACGUGCACGCACACGAAGAUUGGUGGAUGCUAUGGAUUUAGGCAUCAGAUCGUCCGCCGGUACUGGAGAAAAUGUAGACAAAGACGUAGCGAUGAAUGAACCAGAAUGA